UGCAUCAAAUUUGAGAGGAGCGAAGCCUGUCUGGUUUUGAUACUACAACAGUUGGCAUGAAAAUACGCACAACAAUGCAUCCGGAAUACCAGUAAUCCUAUAUCCGUACUUGCAUCUGUGACAAAAGAGAGUGCUUCACGGCCUUGCAUCCCAAGUUGCUGUUGCGCUAAAGGCGACUAGAAGGGGCACGAUGUCGGUCAAUGAUUGUUUGUAUUGACGCCGACGCAUCAUGGCGUUGAACCAAACAGAGGACAACUUCAGUUGUGACACCAUCAGAUAAACACUUUGAACCGUUCUUGAAGCUACAAGAUGCUGUUCCCUUUCACUUUUACGUCUCUUCUUCCUGAUACGCUCAACCCCUUUAGCUAUCUAUACUCUACGAUGUCUUCAGGUAGUCAGCAAGCGGACCCAGAUCAGAGUUGGGCAGUGGUCACCCAUCGUGGCGAUCCACACAGACGACCACACCGCCCUCCUAGAUGCGCUUUUCGCGAAUCACGCGAUCAUACGUAUAGUCCUCCGCGUCAAGUUGGAUACAAACGAGGAUGGGAGCCGUCCAUUGCACCUUCAACCACUGCAAAGAUGAAUUCGCGUUUCGCCGCAGGGGAUUUCGACACGCCGUCCAAGUAUCUUCACGCAGCUUCUCGACCGCGGAAGAGGUAUGGCAGAUCAGAAGCCAACCGCAUUUCAGACCCUGAACCCCCCAACAAACGCCGACGUCUCGGGGAGACGAUCAUCUCGACAGCGCUGAGCGCUGCGUUAAUCGGUACAGCAGUAGGUCUCACUGCUUACAGGCUUUGGCGAGACCGCGGCAAAGUUACAGAAUUCACUCCAGCCGAGGAUAUCCAUCGUCCACCUCCACCCCCUUACGAGGAGACCCGGCAAUGGACAGCUGAACCCCCUGUGGAUGAACGGCCGGCCCCUCCAAUCGAGCAUCCACCUGCCGUUGAUGCACCAAAGGUUGAAGCUCCUCGUCCCCCUUCCCCCACGCCGUCAACGGCAACGUCUGCCACUGCCGUAUCUGUCUCAGCUCGAUCCGAAACGAAGUCCCCCCAAAAACCUCGGCCGCAGACACCAAAGAAAAAGCCGACUCGUCCCAAGAGACUCACUGUCCGAAGGUCUUCGCCGGCCCUCCGUUCCCAGACUUCUUUCAUGAGCAUGGCAGCAAUGGAAGAGCCUCUUGCUGCCGACGACGAAGAUCAUGACGAGGUGGACGAACAUAUGGAUUGGAUGAGCGAGCGUCUUCGUGGCCUCAUUGAGCAGGGAAAACAAGCACUCGGCAAAGAAAUCGUGAUCCAAGAUGACACCGUCGGUAUGGUUGAUGAGCACACUGGCCUCGAAGACGACGGCUCUCAUGACUGGGAAGACGAUCAUGCUGCUCCUAAAAUCACACCCCCCACUCGCCAUGCCCCAUCGUCCUUCCGUAACCCUCACAAGCGUGCAGCCCCUCCUUCCUCUUUUUCUGCUCCUGGUUCCCGCACCCUCUCCCGUCAGACCUCCAUGUACGGAAUGAACUCUGACGCCCCCCGUUCCCUCUCCCGCAUGCCUUCCACUGUAUCACUGAACCGAGCCUCAAUUCGCGCGAGUGCCCCCCCAACGAUUGUGGACCGUAACCAGUACUGUCCCCCUCCUUCCCUCUCUCGCAUGUCUUCUACUGCAUCACUGAACCGCGCCUCGAUCCGCGCAAAUACUCCCUCAACAAUUGCGGACCGUAACCAGUACUGGCAACACCCUUCGACUCAUACCGUCGACGAUGACAUCAGCGGCGCAAGUCCUGAGUUGCGUGGAUUUAUGGAGGAGGCACGAAAAGCGAGACAAGGGGCAGCCUCGUAGCCAGGCUCACUAGACCGUUGAUCGGUCAGGUGGCAUGAUCCUCUCCCGAUAUUCGCUGCUCAGAAUGCCGAAGUCAACCACUCCUUAACAACCCGUUCGCCUCGCUCACAUCUUUUUCGUGAGCUUGCUCUGCCGUAUUUAUCACAUACGCUUAUUCGCCAACGACCUUGACACGACCCUUGGACGCCAGCAUCUUAAUUUUCGCUCAUCCAAAUGCAUAUCACCUCUUCAA